UGUGUCGUAUGUGCGUGUGCAUACGUGUGUGCACCUGUGGUCACUUCACCGUUUUGGGGCGGGCAGCCCAGGGGUCCUGUGGGUGUGCUCACUGGGCCUCCUGGCUGCCCUCUCCUGUAGCUCUGCUUGCCCAGGACCCCGCCUGGCUCCGGAAGGAGAACACAGAGGGGGAGUCUGUGGCUCCUGGGAUGCUGCUCAGCUGUCCGCAGGAACCAGUCACCUUCGAGGAUGUGGCUGUGUUGUUCACUCCGGAAGAAUGGAUGUUUCUAGACUCUGCCCAGAGAAGCCUGUACAGAGAUGUGAUGCUGGAGAACUAUAGGAACCUGGCCUCUGUGGGAGAUCAGCUCGGCAAAUUCAGUUCGUUUUCCCAUUUGGAGCGAGGAGAAGAGUGGUGGCCGACGGAGAGAAGAGUCUUCCCGGGAAGCUGCCCAGAACCUUCGCUUCCACCCCAAGGUUCAAUUCCUAACCAAGAUAUUUUUGCAGAGAUUUCCGUUGGCAUGGAAAGGGGGCGGCCUCAGACGGGAGAAAACCUCUACGAAUGUAGUGAACUCGGAAAACCCUCGCCCGGCGUCCGACCGCUUUUUCAGUACCAGAGCAUUCGUGCUGGAGGCGACCCCUGCGAAUGCCCAGAGAGCGGAAGAUCCUUCUUCCAGCCCGCUCGGCUCCUCGCGCCUGAGAAGAUCCGCCGUGGGGACAGAACCUUCACAUGUCGCCAGUGUGAGAAGUCCUUCAGAUACAGCUCCGACCUGAUCAGGCACGAGAAGACCCACACCGCGGAGAAGUGCUUUGAGUGUCAGGAAUGUCGGCAGACCUUCAAGUACUCCUCGAAUCUGCGGCGUCACCUGAGGACUCACACCGGAGAGAAGCCCUUCGAAUGUGCCCAGUGUGGGAAAACCUUCACCAGGAACUUCAACCUGAUUUUGCACCAGAGAAACCACACGGGCGAGAAGCCCUACGCAUGUAAGGACUGUGGGAAGGCCUUCAACCAGCCGUCCUCCCUGCGGAGCCACGUGAGGACUCACACCGGCGAGAAGCCCUUCGGGUGCAGUCAGUGUGGGAAAGCCUUCAGGGAGCACUCGUCGCUGAAGACGCACCUGCGAACGCACACCCGGGAGAAGCCGUACGAAUGCAGCCAGUGCGGGAAGCCCUUCCGGACGAGCACGCACCUGAACGUGCACAAGAGGAUACACACCGGGGAGAAGCUGUACGAGUGCGCCACGUGCGGCCAGGUGCUGAGUCGCCUCUCGACCCUCAAGAGUCACAUGCGAACCCACACCGGAGAGAAGCCCUACGCGUGCCAGGAGUGCGGGCGCGCCUUCAGUGAACCUUCGUCCCUCCGGAAACACGCGAGGACCCACACGGGCAAGAAGCCCUACGCGUGCCAGGAGUGCGGGCGCGCCUUUGGUCAGUCUUCACACCUUAUCGUGCACGUGAGGACCCACACCGCAGGGAGGCCCUACGCGUGCAGUCAGUGUGAGAAGGCCUUCAGGCACAGCUCUUCGCUCGCCGUGCAUAAAAGGGUUCAUGCCGGAAGAGAAAGCGCUAAGAGCGGUGGCCUGCCUCUAUCAGUGUCCCAGCCGUAUGUCGGGCCCCUUGCUGAUUAAUGUUCGACUUUUAUUUUUUUAAUUUAAUUUUUUAAUUAUCUGAGAGAGAGAGAGAGAGAGAGAGAGAGAGAGAGAGAGAGAGAAUGCACGUGCAUGGGGGAGGAGCAGAGAGAGACUCUUUUUUUUUUAGUAUUUAUUUAUUUUUGAGGGAGAGAGAGACAGAGUGUGAGCGGAGGAGGGGCAGAGAGAGAGGGAGACACAGAAUCCAAAGCAGGCUCCGGGCUCCGAGCCAUCAGCACAGAGCCCGACAUGGGGCUCGAACCCACGAGACGUGAGAUCACCACCUGAGCCGAAAUCGGUCGCUUAACCGACUGAGCCACCCAGGCGCUCUGGGAGAGAAUCUCACGCAGGUGUGGAGCCCGAUGCGGGACUCGAUCCCACAACCCUGGGAUCAUGACCUGAGCCGAAACCAAGAGUCGGACGCUCAACCGACUGAGCCACCCAGGCACCCUCCAAGUUUUCUAAAAGUAUAAACGUUCCAGGCUGUCAUCCUCUCUCGUGGCACUCGUUUGGCCACAUUCCAUGUUUUGAUGUGUAAUAUUUUCAUUUUGGUUGAAAUCUAAGUAUUGUCUUAGUUUCUGUUACCACUUAUUCUUUGGCCCGUGAGUGAUCUGUAAUUAGAUUUUAAAACCAUGGGAUGUGGAUAUAUUUUUCUAGAGGUAUAAUUACUCCUAGCGAAAUGCAUAAACCUUAAGUGUACAGCUGGAGGAGUCUGACAGGUUCGUACGUAUGUUCACGUCACCUCACCAACCCGCCAUUCAAGGUAUACAACAUUUCUGUCAUUCCGGAAAGUUCCUGCAUGUGUAUGGGUGUUUUUUUUUUUUUUUAGUUGCCUUUUUGUUGUUGGUUUUUAAUUUAAUUACAUUGUGAGCAGAAAAUGUGGUCUUUAUGUUAUCGAAUAUUGGGUAUCUGUUUUGUUUUUAACGUGGCAUGUCCUGCUAGUUGCCUAUCAAAAUUGCCCCUUGUUCCUUGAAAAACAACUUAGGUUUCUCUCGUUCAGGUUGCUACGAUGCGCUCUUGAAAAACCCCGUACCCCCCAGCCUCCUCCUUGCAGCCAGGGGACGCCACGGCCCCCCCCCAGUCCCGGCCAUUCUAAGUAUGAGAAGUCAUCGGGUGUGAUUCCGGGGAAGGAUGUUGCAAAGGAACAUUUAGCCAGAUCCCUCCACUUCUUGCCCUUUGUACAAACAGACACGAUGCCCAGCGCUCGAGAAGCCAUCCCACGGCCAUGAGGGUAAAGGCUGCAGCUGAAGAGAGUGUAGCCAGACCUCACGACCAUCCUGGCUCCCCAGCUGGUAUCUUUGUGUGGCUGCCCCGGACUGUUUGUUUCUGGAUAUCUUGUUACGUGGAAAAGGUGCACUUCUUCCUGGCACGGGACGUUGCUGUCUUGGGGAGGGGGCUGGGGAGGGGAGGGAUGGGUUUAUUACGGCCGAAUGCUGAUUCCAGCUCGUGCACUCAGUGUGUGGUCAGUUGUCAUAAAUGCUUCCUGUGUCGUUGAAGCCAAUGUAUUGUAUUCCGCAUAUAGAAUACAGUCCACUAGAUCAUAUUAUUUGUGUUUCAAAAUCUUCUCCACAUUUAUAGGUAUUGGCCUCUAUCUUAGUCUGUUCGGGCCGCAUAACAAAAAUACCAUAGACUGGAUGGCUUAUAAACAGCAGAACUUUCUUCUCAGAGUUCUGGGGGCUGGAGUCUGAGAUCAGGAUGCUGGCAGAUUUGAUGUCUGGUGAGGCCUGCUUCAUGGUUCGUAGAUGGCUGUCCUGUUGCCUGUGUCCUCACAUGGCAGAAAGAGAGCAAGGGAGCUCGUGGGGGUGUCUUUUAUAAAGGCACCAGUCCCAUUUCUGAGGGCUGCACCCUUUUGAUCUCAUCACCUCCCUCCUUAUACCAUCACAGGGUGGGAAUCAGGCUUCAGAAUGUGAAUGGAGGGUGGGGCACAGACAUGAAUUAUUCAGUCCGUAUCCGUAUCCGUCUUUGAUCUGUUUACCAGAAGGGCUAUGUUAAACUCUCCCACCAUGGUUGCUGAAUAAAUCUUGUAAUGCUGUCAGUUUUGAAAUUUAUAUAUUUUGAAGCAGACAAAUUAAAUGAGAAGGUUUUUAUA